GGAAAACCAAGAGCCUUUGCUACUUCAUGUCAAGAACAAUAGAUAGGCUGUCAGUGUGCUCUGAGGCUAGAGCAUGGGCUAGAGAGACAAGUUUAACGAGGCACGCUAAAUUAUUAUGCUACUGCCAGAGGAACCAUUAUAAGUACAUGAGGACUUAAACCGGAGGAUUUGUGCUGUUUUGAACUGUGGAUUAACUGCAUUGUACGUGACAAGCUACUGAUCAUGUCUCUCCCAGAGGAGGAUCUCACAUGUCCAAUCUGCUGUGACAUCUUUACAGACCCUGUGUUGCUGCCAUGUAGCCACAGCUUCUGCAGGAGCUGUGUGAAGCGCUGUUGGGAAAGAGGCGUACGUGACUGUCCAGUAUGCAGGAAAAGAGCCUCUACGGCCAGCCCUCACACCAAUUUGGCUCUGAGAAACGUCUGUGAAGCCCUUUUGCAGGCCAAAAAGAAUUCAAUGUUGGUGGAAGAAACUUUGAAUUGUAUUCUGCACGGGGAGAAGUUAAAACUUUUCUGUCUGGUUGACAAACAACCCAUCUGUGUGGUGUGUCAGUCUUCCAAACUGCACAAGGGUCACGACUGCUCGCCUAUAGAAGAGGCAGUGCUGGACUGCAAGGAUGAACUUGCUUUAUCACUCAAGAACUUACAAGAUAAAAUGGACAGCCUCCAAAGGAUUCAGACGACCUCUGCAGACAUGUUCAAGUUUAUCAAGAAUCAAGCACAAGAAACCCAGACAUUGAUCGAGAGCCAGUUCAAGCAACUGCAUCAAAUCCUCUACGAGGAAGAGUCAGCCAGAAUAGCUGCUGUUAAAAAAGAAGAAGAAGAAAAGAUUGCAGGAUUGAAGGAUAAGAUUAAAGAACUGUCAGCAGAAGUGCUAUCGCUCGCAGAGACCAUCUCAAUCAUACAGGAGCAGCUGGAAGAAGAAGAUAUGAUCUUGUUGAAGAAUUUCAAGGCCACCCAGGAGAGAGAAAGAAGCAUACCUCUUGGUUCAGACAACUUGUCGGGGUUACUAAUUGAUGUGACAAAGCAUCUCUGCAACCUCAAAUAUAAAGUAUGGGAGAAAAUGCUGGACAAAAUUGACUAUACCCCUGUUAUUUUGGACCCAAACACAGCACACCCCUGCCUCAUCCUGUCAGACGACCUCACUUCCCUCCACUACUCAAAGCAGCACACUGGUUGCCCUGACAACCCAGAGCGCUUCCACAUGAGCGCAGAAGUGGUUGGCAUGGACGCACUGGGCUCAGGAAGCCACCACUGGAUCGUGGAAACAGGAAGUAAUCAGGACUGGCUCCUGGGCGUGGCCUCUUUGUCUGUACCUAGAAACUCUGAGGUCUGCGCUCGGCCUGAAAACGGCUUCUGGGCUUUGUGUUUACGGGACGGAGAGUUCAGGGCAAUGACCUCCCCCCCGACCCCCCUGACACUUACAAGAGUGCCAAAACAGGUCAAAAUGCAACUGGAUUACAACAAAGGGACAAUGUCUUUCUUUGACCCUGCUGAUGACACACUCAUUUAUGCAUUCACACACACGUUCACAGAAACUUUACUUCCAUAUUUCUAUACACAAAACAGUCAUCCAUUGACAAUAAUGCCAGAGAAAGUACUCAUCACAAUGUUGCGCCAAUAAGCGGAUGAAGGACAGGGAUAUUUGUAUUUAGUGAUUUACUGGCUGAAAUGUUAAUGUUCUUUAGAAACAUGUUCUGUUUUAUUUGUUGUAAUUAUAAUUAGGCUACAUUCAAACAGCAACCAAUAUAUCAAAGCUUUAACAAAAAAAAGUAAAUAAUAUUAGUGGCUGUCGUCACUCAUUUAUAUAGGCCUGAAACUUGACAACUUUCACUCUAGAUUUUGCAACUUUGGGAGUGGAUGCUAUAGCAACUGCCAUUGGAAAAGUUGUCAAAAUUGGCUUAGGUUAUUCUCUGGAAGGUCAAGCAGCCAAUAUGGCUCUUCCAAUCACAAUUUAUGUCAUACAUCCUAAAAUGCUGGAUAAAUGAAAGCUCAAACCUUUAAAACAAGCUGCAGCUGGUUUGGUCCUGCCUCCAAACGAGGUGCAGCACCACCGG